AUGGACACUCAGACUAUCUUCCAUAAAUCUUCAUUCAAUAUCCUUUAUCUUGUACUAUUUGGGUCCCGCUAUGAAUAUGACGACAAGUUUCUUAAGUUCUUCAUUCGUAUCUUCACUGAGAAUGCGAAGAUCACUAAUGGACCCUGGGCAUUGGUAUUAUACCAUUUUAAUAGGUUUAUCACUUAAUGUUAGUCAGACCUUGACUUAAAGGGAUACUUCACCCAAAUUACAAAAUUACAUAAUGGUUUCCUUACCCUGUAAUUAGUCUAUGGACAAGGUAAGUGAUAGAUGAAUUUGUAUGUUUAUGGUAAUGACUCAAAUUGUUCCACCCCGAUACAGUAUGACUGUGUAAACUGUGUUAAGGUAGUAAUAAACCCGCUAACAGAGAAGGGGGUUAGAAACUGCUGAGACAGACAUUCCAGGAGAAAGGAGACUUAGAAACUGUCCUAUUUAAAUAUUCUAUACUGUGGAAAUUUACAGGCCGCCUAAAGGUGGGCGGAGCAAAGUCCUUUGUGUGGACGCAUAUAAAAAGGCUGUGUGUGUUUUUGGCGCCAGAGCGCUCUCAUUGAAUAAAAAUGGCUGAUCCCUUGCAGACUGGACAAUUUGUUUAAUUCAUUCUUAACUAGAGUCUUACACCCUCUGGGGAUUAUUCAAAGUUUGAGUAUUAGAGAUAGAAUUCUCGUGACAAUUGGUCCUUCAAGCCGGAUAUCAAUAUCCGUUUUCUGUCGUUACGGGGACACCGAAAACCAUGCACGGGCGGAUGAUAGCAUCCGUAUAGACUAAGACCUGGCCUCUGACAUUGAGUGUUCAUUACAGGCUGGUAGGAAACUGAUAAACAACAGAAACUGUGACGAUAUCUAACCAAAAUUGAGUCCCAGCUGCAAGAAUAAGGUCAGUGAUUUUUAUUCAUGGCUUUUGGGGGGAUUGAUAUCUUAAAAUGGCAGUAGAAAAAAAUUAACAGUUUGAAUCUGCUGUAGUGAGGGUAGUAAUCCGUCGAUAAUCCGAAAGGGAUUCAUCAGGUACAUCGUUUUUAGACGUUUAUCUAGAGAAAACCAUGUGCCAGUAUUCUGGAUAAAUAUAAAACGGGGGGUAGGGUGAAGAUCAAAAGAGAGGAAGGAAGUGGGUCCGCAAUUGACUCAAGGUAAUAUAAACUAGUUAAUAUUGAGAUUGUACAAGAUACAGUCUUUACAAUAUAAACAGGAAGGGAGAUAAUUAUCAUCAUGUGAGAUAGAUACAUUAAACAAGUCAAGAGUCAUAAACAACUGUAGAUUUGCUGUAACUCUAUCCGUUUCAUGAAACUGGAGCCUUACAAACUCCGGUAGUGUUAACUAAUAAUCAUAAGGUUGUAUACGUGUGAGACUUAACGAUCCAUCAAAAAUCGCAAUAAUUAAUUAUUUCAAGGAAAGAAUAUACGAUAAAAUGUAUAAGACAUUAAGACCUAGUAAUUUGUUAAUAGGCAUAAAAUAAUUGUACAAAAUACUCCCUGAAUAUGAGAAAUCUUGUUGGAGAAAAAGGUCACGUGUACGGGGGUGAUCAUAUGACGUCAACACAUUGAAUUUUGGUCAAGCUUUCAGGGGGACAUUAUAUUUGGGAAAUGUAGAAGUAAUGUAGGAUUAUGGUCAAAUUGACCAUAGUAAAAUGUCAAAGGUUGAUAGGGUUAACAUUCCAAAUUUGGGCACUAUUAUAGAAUAAAAUAUUCCUGUAGGUUGUGCGAAUAUUGAUUGUGUGUUGGGAAAUAGCAUUGUGUGAAUGUGAUAUGAAAGUUGUGUGAAUAUGGUAAGAGUUAAUCUGAAGUUUUGAGAAUAAGCAGUUGAUAUAAUGAUAUCUUGGGGUUUGUAAAAACACUGCUUGUCAUAGAAUAGUGUGAGAUGUUAGUUCAGGGAAUAGUGACCAGUCUAUAGGAUUCUGGGAGGAUUUUAUGACUCAGGGGAAGAGUCUAGGUAGUAACGUUGUUGUUCCGAUUGGAACUAGAUUAUGGUCAACUAACUUGUGGCAAUAAAGAAUAAUUAGAAAUACAAAUGAUUUAGUUGAUAUGAAUAUACUAAAAUAUGAUUAAUGUUAUGUGUGGGUAAUUGAUUACUAGAGGUUAGGUAAAAGUGGAAGAAUAUAUAAGUGCUGGCUUACACGCCCAAACACGUAGACGUACGGGGGGGCAGUACAUAGAUCAUAUGAUAGAAAUAGAUUAAGCAUUAUUUCUAUCUAUCAUUUCGGAGCAGAGGUAAUAUAGUAAGGGAAUUUUAGUCAAGAAUAGUGGGGGGAGUAAAAUAAUUAUUUUUGUGUUGCUGAAUGAGUUGAUAGUUUAAAGACUACUGAGAAAAGAGUUGUAAUGUGGACUAUCGAAUUGAAUAUGGAUAUGAAUUCAAUAUAUGAUGGUAAAAUACAGCAAGUGUUUGGUGUUACUUCUAGCCUACUUAGAAAGGAUAUUUACUUAGAUCUGAUGUAUUCUAAUAAUGGAGGAUUGGUGAUAAACUGAACCAAACAUGACGUUACUACAGCAAUUUAGGAUGGUUAAUGUUGUUACGUUAGUUUUUAAACCCUAUGAUAGAGGUAAAUGCAGAACGCUGUUUGAGAGUGUGUUUUAUUUUGUCUACUAGUAAAAAAUUGAAGAAUGUCCAUGUUUUUUGUCUGCGGGUGUUAACCAUUGGGGCUUGCUGAAACGUGAGAGCGCUGUAAGGGAUAUUAUGGGUUACGUUAGGUGUACGAGGAUCAAUGGUUGCUGUGGAAAAGGAAGUCAUAGGGGGUUGGAUGUUUGGGGUGAAAGGGCUAGCUAGUUAGUGGUGCGAACUAGUGACGUUUAGAGUGGUGACGUAACUUGCUAUGCGACAUGGAAGUAGUUGUUAAACUUGCUUUGCAAGGAUAGCGGAUUUUGUGGAGCGACGGGUAAUGGUGUUUCGAUGGUAAAUGUUGUCGAUAUGGGUAGAAGGUCCCUGGUUUGAGCCCAGGUAGGGACAGAAAGCAAAUAUUUUGCGUUGAUGCUAUUGACCUAGAUUACUAGAGGAAUUGAUAAUAUUACGUGAAAGGAAUUGUCUUACCAGCACAUAGCGAAUAGUAUAACAUAGUAAUUAAAGUUGCAUAUCGGUGAAUAGAUGUUUUGUUAGUUUUGACUAUAACUUUACAAUAAUUUGUCAUCCGUUAAAGUACUGUUAUAUGGAAAGUUAGCGAUAGAGAAUAAUAGAUAUUGUAGAGGGUUUACAAAGUAAAUAAGUUAAUUGGGUAAUGAGACAUGUUGAAUUGGAUUGUUUAAUAAGAUUGGUAUUAAAAUCAUUCUUUCUAUUUAGGUGAAUUAAAAUAUAUUAUUAGGUAGUAUUGAUUUGUGGAGACAAUUUACUAAUGACACGAUUUCGUAAGAGGGUGAAAGGAAGUAGUGAUAAGUGGGCUAUAUUGACAUAUGUAGGACACAUUGGGAUGAUAUGAAGAACAUGUCUAGAUAGUUGAAUAUGGAACGUUAUUUGAUAAUUGGUAAUUAUUAUUAGUACAUUAUAUAGUUUGUUUAAACAACAGUGAGUUAUGCAGACAGUUCAUUAAUUCUAAAAACGAUAAUCUGUUGAUGGUACGUUGAACAAUAGGAGAUAGUUGUUACUAUUAGGCUGAUGAAGAAAUAAAAAUUUUUUGUAAGUAUGAAGUUAUUAAACAAUAGGUUUAUAUUUUAAAACAUCUAUGUAACAGGUUGUGAUGAUUAAAAUACUAGAAAGGGGUUAUAGGUUUAUAUUAGAAGGUGUAGUGAACUUAAUGAAACGUGGUAUUAUCUAGUGUCUUCUGAGUGGGAGUUUUUUUCCAGGAUUGAUGGAAGUCUACUAUAGCAUUAUGUUAAGGGGAGAGUAGGAGACAACGUAUCAAACUAUUUUUGAAUAGAUGCAUGGGAUAAAAUAUCACGUCUUACUUAAGCGGAGUACGUGAUUGUAUUGGCUAAUGACUGAAAUGUGACAUUUACAGGGGUGACAGGAACAAUAGAAGGGGAAACAGAUUUUCCUAUGUUGUUGAUCAAGUAAACGAUAAUGGAUCAUUUGAUAUGGGAUCACAUGGAGCAGAUUUAGGGGUUCAAUAAUCAUUGUGAGAUUUAAAGAGGAUAUGAUCUUAAGGGUAAUCAAUUAAACAUACUCAUUAUAUACUAAGUGAAAUUUGAGUGGUUUUCAUCUUUUGAGAGAUUUUAUAUAAUAUUUUUAUGGAGUAGUUAUGAGGAAUUAGAUUGGAACAAACGAUUAUUGAUGAGAUAGGACUGUGUAUAUCUGUAUCAUGUUUUGUGUGUACUUACUAUCUUUGGAUUACUGAUUGUAAUUGAGUGUUAACAAAAUGCAUAAUUUCUCUUCCAGGAGAAAGGGGAUUUGCUUAUCUCAUUGGAAUGUUGCCCAGGGCUAGGGGGAGCAGUUUAGUGAAGUUAGGCAGUAUUAGGUCGUAAAAGGGAGCUACCACAUUACGUAAGGCCUGGCUAUUUUUGUUUGUUGUUUUCAAUUGGGUUUUUCAAAUAAAACACAACACACCUAGUAUGAUGUUUAUAAAGGGUUGUUAUUUUGAUUUUAGGGGGUUUUCAACAGGUCAAAGGUGAUAAGUCUUAAAGGAGCACACACAGUGAAUUCUAUGACAUAUUUUUCUUUUUUGACUGAGUUUUGGGUAUACAUGAUUUCUUAUGAGAAUAAAUGUAAUGAGGACUUAAUGUACACUUGGGAUAAGUAACAUUUAUGAAAUGUUUUGAAUGAUGGUAAUGUUUAGUAUACUAUAGAAUGGAGCAAUUCUUUGAAGGAUUUCAAUGACCUCUGAACUCUGUUUUGACUUUCUAGUGUGAAUUGAUCAUCCACACUGGUCAUUCUAAAGGCAUGAGAGGAGGACAUUAAGAUACUUUAUUUUACAGAGUUGAGGGUAAUUUAUAAUACUGUGAAACGUGUGAAGAAGUUUAUAAUUUGGUAAUAAUAUAUAUGAUUCGAACCAUAAAAUAACAAAAGAGAGAGAGAGCUUUCCCUGAAUGAGGGAUACCUGUUGCUAGUCAAUUGUACUAAUCUUGGAUUACUUUACGGGAUAGAAGUAAGUUGAGAUAUUAUCAAAUGUUGUCAUUUUAAUUUCAUUUUUAUUGUGGUUUAAUAAACAAUGUUGGUGUUUUGUUUUUGAAAGCAUGAAUCACGUUGUGACUCAUGUGUUCAGAAAAGGAGGGGAAAAUUCCUAGUACGCUCUGCCUCAGGCCAUCAAUUUAUAGAGCGGUUAUCAGCUCCUGUGACUUUACAACAUGAAAAUUCAGGAGGAGAAGUAUGCAUACCUGUACUGUUAUCAAGCUUAUGACCAGUUAAUCUACUAGGAAGAGAUGCUAUGACUCAGUUGAAUGUAGCUGAAACACCGACUGAGAGGGGUAUGAAGGCAUAUGUGGUACGGGAUAACAUGGUAGUGAGCGGGGAGGGAGAACCAGGCUAUAACCAGGAAUUUGGGAAAGUUUUAACCUCAGGAAGGAAGCCAAAUGUUAAUGUAGGUAGAUUAUAUUCUAUUGGCUAAUCCCACUCAAGAGGGAUGUAAGAAAGAUACAAUCCAAUUGUUGACCUUUAUGGCAGAACAGGGAGACAAAGUUAGCAAAAGAAAACUUAAACUCUGGCAGAGCGAGGUGAUUUACUUAGGACAUACCAUAACUCAGGAGGGGCGAACGUUAAACUCAUCCAGGAAAACUGCUAUACUUGAAGCGCCAAAACCAUUAAACAAGAAACAAAUGAUGAGCUUUUUGGGAAUUAUGAACUAUUGUAGAGCUUGGGUACCCCAUUAUGCACUGCAUACUGGUAAAUAAAGUGAUCUUAUCUAUGGGAAGGCAAUGGCAGGCCAUGAUAACAUCAUUUGGAACUCCGAGGCGGAGGAGCAAUUCAUAGAGGUAAAAGAAAAGUUGCUCACUUCCCAAACAGUCUUAGCUUUUGAUGAGGUAGAUUUUCUUUAGUGGACUAUGAGAUAAAACUGGAUUAAUCACGAACAUAGAGUUAGAAUUCUUUGUUGCUAGGCAAAUAACUGAAUUGAGUAAUUUCACUGUGUGUGUGUAUGUUUGAAAGAUUUAAGUAUGGACCUGUCAUGUCCAACCAUCAGUCUUCAGGUCAAGCCCGGGAGAGCCGGGGUUGAACAGAGUUUAAACUAAACAUGAGUGUUUUUACAAGAUAAGGGAUUGAUUGAUUGUAUUACUAAGGAUAAUUUACCAAUAUUACCUAAGUGUCACGCCCUGACCUUAGAGAUCACCUGUAUUCUCUGUUUGGUUAGGUCAGGGUGGGAUUUGGAUACAUUCUAGUGUAUCUAUUUCUAUGUUGGCCGGUUGUGGUUCCCAAUCAGAGGCAUCUGUCGAUCGUUGUCUCUGAUUGGGGAUCAUACUUAGGCAGCCAUUUUGCCUACCUAUAUUGUGGGAUCUUGUUUCUGUUUCUGUUUUGGCUUGUUGCUGUUAGCCUUUAGAACUUCACGUUCAGUUGCUUUUGUUAUUUUGUCAAGUGUUUAUUUAUUAAAUUAAACAUGUACGCAUACCACGCUGCACCUUGGUCCGACCAUUUAUACAACGUACGUGACAGAAGAUCCCACCACCAACGGACCAAGCAGCGUGGCCAGGAGGAGCAGACAUCCUGGACACAGGUGGGGAAGACAUUUUGGACAUGGGAGGAGAUAUUAGCCGGUAAAGGACCCUGGGCGAAGGAAGAAGCGCCGACCGCGAAGGAAGCACGAGAGGCAGCCCCAAGAUAAUUUUUUUGGGGGGCACACGGAGCAGAAGGAGGCCCUGAAAGGGCUGACUGUGGAGGAAGAGGAAGCCGCUAUUAUAGAGGCCCUCCAAGACAUGCAGCUCAGCACUCUGAGAGAGGAGGUAACUACUUUACGGGGGCUGUUAGCUAAGAGAGAGCAGGAGAGCUCCCUUCAGAGGGAGGCGCUGCAGGAGGCCCACAGGGAGAAGGAGUCAGUGGAUGCACGGAGAGAGGAGCUAGCCAGACAACAGGAGGAGCUGAGAGAGGAGUUAACCCUCCAGCAGCAGAGAACAGUCCUUAGAGCAGAGGCUGGUGGAGCCAGGUUUCAGAAGAGAGCCAACUCCCCGCACUCGCUUUGAGGAGCGUGUGACCAUGCAGGCAACAGGCUAUGCGCCGGCUUUACGCACUGUGCCGCCAGUGCGCCUUCACAGACCGGUACGGCCCGUGCCUGCUCCUCGCACCAAACCAGUGGUGCGUGUCGCCAGCCCGGUAUGCCCGUACCUGCUCCCACCAAACCAGUGGUGCGUGUCUCCAGUCCUGUACGGCCGUACCUGCUCCUCGCACCAAACCAGUGGUGCGUGUCUCCAGUCCUGUACGGCCCGUACUUGCUCCUCGCACCAAACCAUUGGUGCGUGUCGCCAGCCCGGUGCGCCCCGUACCUGUUCCUCGCACCAAACCAGUGGUGCGUGUCCCCAGCCCGGUAUGCCCGUACCUGCUCCUCGCACCAAACCAGUGGUGCGUGUCAUCCAGUCCUGUACGGCCCGUACCGAUGCCUCGCACCAAACCAGUGGUGCGUGUCGCCAGCCCGGUAUGCCCCGUACCUGCUCCUCGCACCAAACCAGUGGUGCGUGUCUCCAGUCCGGUACGCCCGUACCUGCUCCUUGCACCAAACCAGUGGUGCGUGUCUCCAGUCCUGUACGGCCCGUACCUGCUCCUCGCACCAAACCAGUGGUGCGUGUCGCCAGCCCGGUAUGCCCCGUACCUGCUCCUCGCACCAAACCAGUGGUGCGUGUCUCCAGUCCUGUACGGCCCGUACCUGUUCCUCGCACCAAACCAGUGGUGCGUGUCCCCAGCCCGGUACGGCCCGUGCCUGCUCCUCGCACUAAACCAGUGGUGCGUGUCGCCAGCCCGGUACGGCCCGUGCCUGCUCCUCGCACCAAUCCAGUGGUGCGUGUCUCCAGCCCGGUACGGCCUGUGCCUGCUCCUCGCACAAGACCAGUGGUGCGUGUCCCCAGCCCGGUACGGCCCAUUCCAGUGCCAGAGCAGUCCGCUCCACCGGUGCCUAGUCCAGCUCCGGUCAGCUGCUACACUCCAGUGCCAGAGCAGUCUGCUCCAACGGUGCCUAGUCCAGCUCCGGUCAGCUGCUCCAGUCCAGUGCCAGAGUAGUCCGCUCCACCGGUGCCUAGUCCUGCUCCGGUUAUCUGCUCCCUACCAGAGCCGGGGUAGUCCACUUCACCGGUGCCCAGUCCGGGUCCGGUCGUCUACUCUUCCUCCAUGCCGGAGCCAUCUGCUCCACCAGGGUCCGAGCCGGAAGCAGACGUCAACCCCUCUCCAGGAUCGGGCCUCCCACACCAGGGUCCAGACAGGACUUGGUGCAUCACGGGAGGACUGCCGAGCCAGAACCAGACGUCAACGCCUCUCCAGGGUCGAGGGCUCCCACACCAGGGUCCAGACAGGACUUGGUGCAUUGUGGGAGGACUGAGAGGGGGAGCAUCGCGCCGGGGUCCAGACCGGACCGGGCGUGCAAAGGGGAGGCAGGAUGGGAGAAGAGUUUACUGCCUACGUCACGUCCGAAGCCGGAGCCUGAGCCGCCACCGAGGCUAGAUGCCCACCCAGACCCUCCCCUAAUGAGUCAGGUUUUUGCGGCCGGAGUCCGCACCUUUGGGAGGGGUGUACUGUCACGCCCUGACCUUAGAGAUCACCUGUAUUCUCUGUUUGGUUAGGUCAGGGUGUGAUUUGGAUACAUUCUAGUGUAUCUAUUUCUAUGUUGGCCGGGUGUGGUUCCCAAUCAGAGGCAGCUGUCGAUCGUUGUCUCUGAUUGGGGAUCAUACUUAGGCAGCCAUUUUGCCUACCUAUGUUGUGGGAUCUUGUUUCUGCUUAGGCUUGUUGCUGUUAGCCUUUAGAACUUCACGUUCAGUUGCUUUUGUUAUUUUGUCAAGUGUUUAUUUAUUAAAUUAAACAUGUACGCAUACCACGCUGCAUCUUGGUCCGACCAUUUAUACAACGUACGUGACACUAAGUGAUUGUUUAGAGAGGUGCCAAUAUUGACACAUGGGCAAAGCCAUGUGUCAACAGGGGGGAUGAUGGUAGAUGGUAGGAUUAAAGAUAACUAGGUGGAGGAGAGGACUAAAUACUUAAUUGGAUACAGUUAGAAAGAAAAUACUAAUAUGAACGGUAUGAUUAGAGAGGGGUUAAGGAAAACACACAGGAGCGCAGGAAGAAAUUGGGUACAAUGUCUAACGAUAGUAUUAAUGACAAUCAGGAUAACUCCAGAUAAAAAAGGAUUAUUGCCAGAGCAUGCUUGUAAAUACAUUUAUCCUGAGUGUAAACAUUUAGUCAAAGGGUGGAUUGAUAGAUGAAUUUGUAUGUUUAUGGUAAUGACUAAAAUUGUUCCACCCCGAUACUGUAUGACUGUGUAAACUGUGUUAGAGUUAUAAGGUAGUAAUAAACCCGCUAACAGAGAAGGGGGUUGGAAACUGCUGAGACAGACAUUCCAGGAGAAAGGAGACUUAGAAACUGUCCUAUUUAAAUAUUCUAUACUGUGGAAAUGUACAGGCCGCCUAAAGGUGGGUGGAGCAAAGUCCUUUGUGUGGACGCAUAUAAAAAGGCUGUGUGUGUUUUUGGCGCCAGAGCGCUCUCCCUUGCAGACUGGACAAUUUGUUUAAUUCAUUCUUAACUAGAGUCUUACACCCUCUGGGGAUUAAUCAAAGUUUGAGUAUUAGAGAUAGAAUUCUCGUGACAGUGAGACAGUAAUCCAUGCUUUGGUUUUGUUUAUCUGGCCACUGUCUCCUAAAGUAUUUUUCUUUUGCAUUUGUGGUACAAAUCCAAUCCAAACUGAGCAUUUGGAGACAGUGGCCAGGUAAACAAAACCAAAGUAUGGAUUCCUGUCUUAACUUGUACAUAGACUUCUUAAAGGGUAAGGAAGCCAAUAUGUAAUUUGGGUUAACUAUCCCUUUAUUUUGAAAGCAGAUAUGGGUGGGAGAUCAUUGGUUAUGUGUUUUGAAUAUCUCCACAGCUUUAUGAUGCACUGCCCAUGCUGCGACAUCUUCCCUUGCCCUUCCAGAAGGCCUUUAAAAAUGUAGAAUCCAGUAAACAGAUUGCCAUUGACAUGGUCACUGAGCGUAAGAAGACCUGA